GGGUGGGUUUUACGACGGUGAUGUUUUCUUCUCACGGCGUCAGUUCGAAAAAAAGACGAACCGUGAACAUGUCUGACAAGCAAAAAGACGACUGCGGAGGAAGUGUUGCCACAGACAGCACACCAACAGGUGAAAGCAAGCAAGUAUGCACGGAAAACCAAACAGAGACCGACUCCUUCAUCAGAAGCUACCUGGAUCCUGCAGAGGAGUACAAGAUGGGCAACAAACGACGAGGUCUUGCACUCAUCUUUAAUCAGGAGCGCUUCUUCUGGCGCCUGGGCUUGAAUGACAGAAAUGGAACCAAUGCUGAUCGUUCGAAUUUAGAGAAAAGAUUGAAGGACCUAAAGUUUGAAGUGAGGUGUUAUGAUAACUACAAGCAGGAGGCAGUCCUAGAUGAAAUCGCCAGAGCUGCAGAGGAAGAUCACUCAGAUGCGGAUUGCUUUUUCCUCGCCUUUCUGAGCCACGGAGAGGAUAACCAUGUUUAUUGCUACGAUGGAAAAAUCAGUAUUCAGGAGAUCACGUCCAUGUUCAAAGGAGACAAGUGCCAGGACCUUGUUGGAAAGCCAAAGAUCUUCGUAAUACAGGCAUGUCGAGGAGAAAAACAUGACGAUCCGGUUACCCCUGCUGAUGCAGUGGAUAGCAGAGUAGAGGUGUUUGUGGAUGCCAGUGCCAUACACACGCUCCCUGCUGGGGCUGACUUCAUCAUGUGCUAUUCUGUGGCUGAAGGUUAUUACUCACACCGGGAGACUAUCAAUGGCUCCUGGUAUAUCCAAGAUCUGUGUGAAUUGCUCCAAAAGCUUGGUGAUACCCUGGAAUUCACAGAGUUACUCACGCUGGUCAAUAGAAAAGUGUCCAUGAGGAGUGUUCUGAGAGCUCGUGAUCCACACGCUAUCGGGAAGAAGCAAGUACCUUGUUUUGCUUCAAUGCUCACCAAGAAACUUUACUUCCGACCAAAAAAGUAACACUGUCACACCUCAGUCUUUCAAUAAGCGGGUUUAUGUGUUGGGGUUUUUUUUGUUUGUUUUUUUAACUAGAUAGGGCUUCUGAACAGGAAUUUACACAUGGCACCAGAUUAGGACUAAAUGUAUAUAAUUUUCUGCAUCACCAUGUGAAUAUGAACACAUGCAAAGUGACCAUCUAAUGCAGUUUGUGGCUUCAUUCUGCGCCUGUUAGGCUCUAUGGGGGCAUAUGCAAAACAUGUUUCUUUAGCAAAGAAUUAGUGUUGUUCUUAUGGCAAAAUUUAAAUAACUAAACAGUGAAAACGUGGUUUCCAGAUUAAAAAAAACCAAAUGAACUGUUUAAUCUUGGUCAGACUUUCCCAGUUAUCUCUGAAUGCAAACCAAUAGUUGGGAUUAUAAUGGAAUCCAACCCAACAACCCCUACAGUAACUGAUAUUUGAAAUGUUGUUGGAAAUAGAGAUGCUGUUUUACUUAGUGAGCACAACUGUGUGUGUUGCCAGUCUGACUAAGCUGCUUAUGACACAAAAUAUAACAAGAUCUAAUAAGUUUAUAGAGAACAUCCAAUUGAAAAUCAGUUGUAUAUACCUCAGGCCUGUAGUUGUGUCUAUCCAUCUUGAUUGCAUUAGUAAUGAAUUAAUUACAGAGUUCGGUGAUAUCAGCUGUUGAAACGACCACUCUGCUUGAAUUUAACACAACUAAAUGGCACUUAUCUCGUAAGACAUAAGUGCCCAGAAAUAUAUUUGUAAAACUCAGUAGCAAUGUCCACUUUCAGGAAUUAUUUCCUGAGUAUUAAAAAGAGAUCAUGUGGGAAUGCCAGGAUGUUCAAGUUAAUGGCUGAGCUUCACUGACAGCUAGCCACACAUUUCUUUUGAUGAUCAGAUUUAGUUCCAUACAAAGAAAAUAGUUCUUAAAUGUCAUUUGUUGUUUUAGUUCUGUAAGCAUAACGAGACAACUGGCAUUUAAUUUUAUUAUAUAAAAGAGAAGGCAGACAUGCCUGGAGCUGGAAAUGAAGAAAAGGCACUACAGGCCAGAGGAAAACUAGCAGAGAUGUUUUUUUCUGGGGGACAGGGGUGUGUAAAAGGCAACAAAUCUGCCAAAACAGGCAACAUUAAAACUACUGUCAUCGUUUAAAUACUGCCAUUGAUGGCGUAGCUGUGUUAAAUUUGGUAGUCCUGUUAUUUUUUUCUAUCCCCGUCCAUGUGGAUUACAACCCAUCUGUAUUUAAAUUAUAAUGGUUAUGAAUCAGUCUUUUUUGGCUGCUUCGCAAAACUACUGAAAUAACUUUAGUAGUACAGUACGAUGCCUUACUGCACGGCAGUGCGUUCAGUUUGCCUUCUUUUAUAACAAGUUCAAAGCACAUAGUUUACAGCAGCCUUGUACACCGAGCUGUUCACCGGCUCAGCGCUGUCUGUGGAAGCUGGAAAAGUCAGUGAGUCUGUUUCACGGGUUUUUGAGGAUUUUUUUUUUUUUCAGCCAGACAAAUAUUUUCCAGUUCAUCUUCAGAAAUAGGCGACGUGCAGUACAUUCCACUUAAAACUGGAAUUUCUUAGUUCUUAGCUGGAAUUUUCCACAGGAAUGCUCCCACUCAUCAGUUUCAUUCUUAUCUCACUAUAAGCCUCAAGUAGCCAACACUUUAACAAACUGUCCAAGCACUACAUAAACAGUGCGUUUCCUCAAGCCUCACUACUUUACAAAGGGAUUUCAUGUUCUUUAUGUGUCAGCAAUUUAUAGUACAUUUACUCCUGCAUAUUUGCACCUAGACGACAAUACCUGUGUGAAAAGUACCUCAGGGAGGAGGGUGUGUUUUUUAAAGUUGUACUUUGGACCUAAAACUGUGUCACGUGGUGUGUGUGUGUGUGUGUGGCGUGGGUGGGUGAAUACGC